GUAUAUAAGGAACACAAGUCAGAUGGGACAUACGAAAGCAGCUCCACAGAGAUAAAUUCAGAAAUCCAUCCAGAGGUGCACUGCAGGACACAGACUCACAAACACAGAGACAACAUGAAAGCUGUUGCAGCCUUCUUGCUGGUGCUGUGUUACCUGGCUGGCAGUCAUGCAUGGAACUGCAAAGUUGGUCCACGGCUGUAUAACAUCAAACAGAUUGAUGCUGGACAGGGACAAGUGGUUGCAACAGACAAGUACAACCGGGCCUAUUACCUGAUUAGAACCUACUGGUACAGUAUGAGUUCAGGCUACAUCAAGCAUGCCUCAGUGGGACCUGCAGGAAUUUGGGGAACUGACACCAAAAACAAGGUCUACAAAUACAUAGGUGGCAACUUCACACUUGUCAAUGGUCUGUCUAUGGAGCAGGUGGAUGCUGGAGGUGAUGGUCAGGUUGUUGGAGUUACACCCAGCACUUAUCGCGCCUACUGUUUGAGAGACAGUUACUCUCUGGCUUACAAAGGAACUGGUAGCGUGAGCUGGAAUUACCACUCAAGGAUUCUGAAGUACUACACCUGCGGCCCAAAGUACGGAUGCUGGGGAGUCGACUCGAGUUCGCGGGUCUACCACACACCGAGAGUCACCCCGAGCAGCUGCAGCUAUAGUAGCUGGAGAUAUGUGUCAGGACUGUCCAUGAAAAUGAUUGAAGUGGCAAGUGAUGGAAGUGUGUUUGGAGUGGCUACAAAUGGCCGGGUGUACCAAAGAACUGGCAUCUACAGCUCUCGCACAUAUGGCCUGUCUUGGUCCUCUGUCUCCAUGUGCAUGCCCAUCAGCCACGUGACCUACGACCUGGGCAAUCUCUGGGCAGUGACCACCUCUGGUUUGCUUCUGCAGUGCUCACAAUAAUAUUGUCAGUGUGGCAGAUGUUUAGUGUGCACCACUCUCUGUUUGUCAUGGAAGAUGUCUUGGCUUUCGUCUCUAUAAAGUUCAAUGCUUUCUUUACACUAUUCAGUGCACACAAUUAAAAGAUGAUUUGCAUUAGAUUUUUUUCUUCAAUGUAAAAGCUCUUUUUAAAUAAUUGAUCUCCUCUUUAUUAGACUAACAUUAAUUUGGGAAACAUUAAAGGCUACGAGAAGUAACUGAUUCUAAGAUAUGUUGUGAUUCUCUCUUAAAUGAUUCAGCAUCAAUGCACAAAACUCAGAUCAGAAUUCAAAAGGAUCUAAAAAUGUAUGCAUAUAUACAGCAAAUGGAUAUCUACUGUCUUGAACAUAAAGACAACAUUGUAAAUUAAAUUAGGCAAAUAGUUUUUCUUUAAAUAAUCAAACUCACUGAACUGUGGAACAAAUAUGUGACAAUAACAGCUGUGCUAAACUGGUCACUUUUUAGGAAUCCUGGGGAUGUGUAACUCGUACCUGUCAGUUGGCUUACUUUGUACUCUGUUAAUAAAUGAUACUGGAAUCAG